UCACAGUAACUGCUGGUCUGACGACCACAGCCAUUGCGAUUGCCCGCAUCGCCGCAUCGUCGAGUCGCCAUGUCUGAAAUGAAGCAGAUGGCCAAACCGCUCCUGAACUCCAGUCCAAUUCCCAGUGCCCUCCCCAAGUUAUCCUUUGAAAUCCAAGGAAUGCACUGCAAGUCCUGCGUCCGAAAGGUGGAAGCAGCUCUCCAGCAGCUGGAUCUUCCCAUCUCGGCCACAGUGGAGCUGCGACCUCCAGGGGCCGGUUGGUUGGAGGUGGCGGUGGAUUCCGUGGAUCUGGGGCCGGAACGAAUGGAAGAGGUCAGUGCCAUGGUGCAGAAAGCAGUGGAGGGGCUGGAUCUGCAGAUCCAGCCUGCGAGAAUUGAAGAUUCUCAAGGGCCGGAACAGGCAAGGCACGAGGCAAGGCAUGAGGCAAGGGGCACUCAGGCCUUUGAGAUUGAGGUGUUGGGCAUGAAGUGUGGCUCGUGCGUUCAGAAAGCUGAGAAAGCCCUUCAAACAGUGCCAUGGCCUGCAGUCACCGAGGUCAGUGUGAACCUGUUGUCCGAAUCUGCGCGGGUGCUGGUGCAGGACAAUUUGUCUCCCAGCAAAACCGAUGCUGCUGCCAGGGUCUUCAAAGAAGCCCUUCAAUCCGUGGGGCUUGAAGCCACGGUGACGAAGACACCGCCAACAAGCGAAGAGAUUGAGAUCUCCGCUACAUCAAAGACAUCACGGCUGUCCUUUGCCUUUGAGGUCUUGGGGAUGAAAUGUGGCUCUUGUGUUCAGAAGGCGGAAAAAGCAGUGAGAGCUCUUGCAGACGUUGUGGAUGUGAAUGUCAACUUGCUCUCCGAAUCUGCCACUGUGGACAUGAUGCUAUUCCCAGCUCCAGCUUCCAUCGCCGCAGCCUCCACUGCCGUGAUCAGUGCUUUGACCUCUGUGGGACUGACGGCGUCGGUGAGCAAACUGCCGGAGCUAGCGGCUGGACCCACGACGCUCCACUUUGAGGUGUUGGGAAUGACCUGUGCAUCCUGCGUCGGCACAGUCGAGAAGGCUCUCAAAAGCAGCCCAGGGGUGGCAGAUGCGCAGGUGAAUUUGCUGGCAGAAACCGCCACAGUGAGGUUCACCGAAGCAGUGCCCGAAAAAGAUCUUGACUCCAAGGUGAAGGCAUUGCAGGAGGCCGUGGAAGCGGCUGGAUACGAGGCAUCUCUGAAACCUGCAGUGGCACGAGGGCAGGAACAUGAAGCAGUGUUGGUUGGCAGGGCCCCUGACGUCGAGCAGGAUUUGGAGCAGAACAUCGUCAGCUCCACGGACUCCGUCGUUGCGGAGCUACAGCAGCUGACGGGCGUGGCAUCUGUGGUGCCCAAAGAAGGCCCUGAAGCCUUGGAAUUGCAGGUGCGUUUCCAUGGUGAACGCGAGCGGGUUCUUCGAGAGCUCCUAUGGACCUUUGAGGAUGCAGGUUUCCUUGGAGUUCACGUGCGAGAGAAGCGAAGUCAAUCUGCCUUGGAGCGCGCGCAAGAGCGGCGAGGCUCUGAGGCCCUUGCAUGGAAGAGGUCAUUUUUCAUCUCAUUGGUACUCACUUUGCCUGUGGUUCUGCUGAUGUGGGUCUUUUCACCCAUGAAAUCCUUGCACAAGCUCUUCAUGCCCAACAAUGUGGACCUUGCAGGUCUGCUGAUGUUCGCCCUGGCAACGCCGGUGCAGUUCGGCAGCGGUUGGGUCUUCUACAAGGAGGCCCUGAGUGGUUUGAGGCAUCGAAAGCUUGGCAUGGCUGCCAUGGUGGUGCUGGGAACCACGGCUGCAUACCUCUCCAGCUGCCUGCAGUUGGUGAGCAAACUUCUGUGUCAUGAGAUGGCAGCGAUGAGUUUGGACUUUGACACAUCGUCUUUGCUCAUCACUUUCGUGCUCAUGGGAAAGUGGCUGGAAUGUCGCGCCAAGGGGAGCACUGGUGACGCCAUCACCGCCCUGAUGGCUCUGGCUCCGCGCACUGCGCUGUUGCUGCAGGGCCGACGGGAACGCGAGGUGGAUGCUAAACUGCUGCUGCAAGGGGAUUUGGUCAAGGUGCUUCCUGGCGCCAAGAUCCCUGCAGAUGGCGUCGUCACCUGGGGCGAAUCGGCAGUAGAUGAGUCGGCACUCACCGGGGAGUCCUUGCCCAUCCCGAAAAAAGUGGGCGAUGAGGUUAUUGGUGGAACGGUGAACCAUGGGAGCGUCCUGCAAGUCCGGCUGACUACUGUGGGUGAGAACUCGGCCUUGUCGCAGAUUGUUGGCCUUGUGGAGCAAGCUCAAAGUCAACGUGCUCCAGUGCAAGAGUUUGCCGAUCGCAUUUCGGGUGUCUUUGUCCCAGUGGUGAUGACAAUCAGCUUGUUGACUUUCAUCCUGUGGGUGAUUUUGACCCAUUGCGGCUUGGUCACCUCCCUUCCCAGCCGCCAGAAUCCCAUGACUUUCAGCCUCAUGAUGGCAAUCUCAGUGCUCGUGGUGGCGUGCCCCUGUGCCCUGGGCCUUGCUGCCCCCACUGCCGUGAUGGUGGGCACUGGCGUGGGCGCGCAGAAUGGCGUGUUGAUCAAGGGAGGCAGGGCUUUGGAAACGGCCCACCAUGUGCAGACUGUGGUGUUGGAUAAGACUGGAACCAUCACUGAAGGUAAACCAAGUAUGACUGACAUCGAGCUUCUUUCGAAUGACUUCCCUGAGAACUGGUUGGCGGAUGUGGCAAACCAUCUCAAAAAUAUUGGAUGCACAGCACAUCCAGAUAGCCAGAUGAGACAGGUCUUGCCAGCUCUCUACUUGGCCAGUUGCGCCGAGAAGGGCAGCGAGCAUCCCCUGGGUCAAGCCGUGGCCAGAGAUGCCGAGAAGAUGCUGCAGCAGUGGAGCACCGCCACUGAGGUGUCUCCCAUGUUGCUGGAGCCCGAGACCUUUCGCGCGUCCCCAGGCCGUGGCGUCGAGGCCACCGUGCUGUCACACCGGGUCUGCAUCGGCACCGCGUCCUGGCUCCGGAGUGAGGGCGUGGACUUCGCGGAGGCCAAGGAGCUGCAGCACGCCUUGGAGGACGACGGCAAGACGGUGAUCUUCGUGGCCAUCGACCAGCGCCCGGUGCUGCUGCUGGCGCUGGCGGACACGGUGAAGUCGGAGGCCGCACAGAGCAUCCGGGCGCUGCAGCGCAUGGGCCGCGAGGUCUACAUGCUCACGGGCGACAAUCAGAGAACCGCCCACGCGGUGGCCCGACAGGUGGGUAUCAAACCAGAGAAUGUGGUGGCAGAGGUGUUGCCCUCGGGCAAAUCCGCGAAAGUCAAGGAGUUGCAAAGUAUCCCAGCUCCCAGCGUCUCCCGUCGUGGCCUUUGCAGCCUGCUGCGGAAGAUUUGUUGCUUCCGGAGUCGAGAGCCUCUGUUGGAUGGAGAAGUUCCUACUGAAGUCCAUCGAUUUGUGGCCAUGGUGGGGGAUGGAGUCAAUGACGCUCCAGCACUUGCCCAGGCAGACUUGGGGAUCGCCAUUGGAGCAGGUGCUGAGAUCGCAAUGGAAGCCGCUGAUAUGGUCCUGGUGCGCUCCCAGCUGUCGGAUGUGGUGAUUGCACUGCACCUCUCAAGCGCCAUCUUCCAUCGUAUUCAGCUCAACUUCCUCUUUUCCUUGGGCUACAAUGCCAUUGGCAUUCCGCUGGCCGCCGGCCUCUUCUUUGCGCUCACCGGGCAACCCUUGGCCCCCUUCGUGUCCGGCGGCGCGAUGGCCAUGUCCUCGGUCUCCGUGGUCUUGUCGUCCUUGAUGCUGCGUCGCUACAAAGCCCCAUCCAUCGUUGAACGGGAGCGUCCUGGGCUGCUGCAGCGGAUUCUUCCCUCGCUUGGCGGAUCCGACGCUUUGCUCAGGGAGCUGCAGGGAGAACGAGAGGCGCUGGAAUCCGCGCGGCUCAUGGUGCAAGGCAAGUCGAUCACCUGCGGAGCCCUCUGGGGCACCCGUUGCAACUGUCGCGACGGUGCCUGCCCUUGCCGCAGAUGUGACAAGACAUCGCGGCCGGAGCGCCCCAUGGAGGAACCGUAGAGUCCGCAGAGGUGAUGGAUGUGACACUGGGUAUCCCCUCGAAUAGAUGGCUUGAUACCCAAUGUUCGGAAAAUCCAUGUUUAAGGCUUUGAAAUGAUGGCACAUGAUGGCACUGUCAAAGAUUCAUUUUCCUGAAAUGUUUUGUACAGAAAUAGAACUUGGUCACAGAAUCAAGGCCAAUUCACUCGAGCGCUACCGCCGGUUCAGGCGGAAGCUCAACAAGGGGCCGUUGUAUAUGUAAAGAUACGCAACGUAAUGCCCAUUUCCCGGUUCCAUUAAUGUACAGAGGGGAAUAUGCAACGCAAACUGAAAGACAAACAGUCACAGUUGAGUUUAGUGUCCAAAUGGCAAGUAAAAGUCCAGGAGCAGCUUAGUUCAUGACAGCUCGGGAUGUUUUCAUUUACAAAGGCAUGCGGAAACAAGGAGUUGGGUAUGUUUCCAAUUUUGAGUGCAGUGUACC